UACCCAAUUUCUUCUGCUCGUUUUUUUUUUUUUUUUUUCUUCCCUUUUUUCCACCGUCAACGGAAUUUUCCUUUUGAUUUCCCGUUCCGAGAGCCACCACGAAAUCUAGCGCUCCGGAAAUCUAGCUGAAGGCGCAGAUCACUCGUCUGUAGCUGGAGAAAUCCGCGAUUAUGAAUCGGAAUAGGACUGAUAGUCCGGUCUACACCCGCCAGUGGAGCGGCGGAUCCAGCAGCACAGGUUUGUCGUCGCCGGUGGGAUCGCCGGCGCAUCCUCGGUCUAGGCUUCCUCCCGCCACCACGGGUAUGUCGACUAUCAAGCGAACUCAGAACGUGGCGGCUAAAGCGGCGGCGCAGCGACUGGCGAUGGUUAUGGCGUCCAAGACGCCGAACGACGAUGAUGAGGAAGAGGAGGACGAUGAUUUGAAUUUCCGGUUUGUGCCUCCGCCGCCGCCGACUUCAAUUUCGAAUAAUAGCAGUAUUCAUAGGAGAGACCAUAGCGACAGCACCGGUGGUUUGUCGGGAAUUUCGCUCUCCAAGCCGAAUAGAUCUCCGUCGCCUGCGCUCUUCGCAAGAGAAGUACUGAUGACGGAAAGUAAUAAAUUAGGUCGAAACUUUAUGGACGUUACUCCUUCGGUUCGAUCUUCGUCAGCUGGAAGAACGUCAAUGUCUGUACGCACAGCUGCGAAUACAGUGGCACCACCAAGACCAUCUUUGAAAACACCAGUCUCAAUUCCUGCAAUUGAACCUCCUAGUAGCAGAUUAAGAGAAAAGAGAUAUACUUCUGACGUCGGACGUGACUUAAAAGAUUCUGGGAAUCAACAGGAGGCUUCUGCACUUCGAGAUGAACUUGAAAUGCUACAAGAGGAGAAUGAAGAAAUGUUAGAUAAGCUUCGCUGUGCUGAGGAAAAACGUGAAGAAGCAGAAGCCAGAGCCAGGGAACUCGAGAAACAGGUUGCUUCAUUGGGAGAAGGCGUAUCCUUAGAAGCUAAACUAUUGAGCCGGAAGGAAGCAGCUCUACGGAAAAGAGAGGCUGCUUUCAAAGCAGCAAAGCAGACAAGAGAUGGAAGAGAAGAACUUGCAGCACUUCGUGCAGAACUUAAGAACCUAAAAGAUGAGACAGCAGCUACUGUUGAACAACUUCAUGAUGCUGAAUCUGAAGCAAAAUCUCUUCGAACAAUGACACAAAGGAUGAUUUUGACUCAUGAAGAGAUGGAAGAGGUUGUUUUGAAGAGAUGUUGGCUUGCACGUUAUUGGGGUUUGGCUGCACAUUAUGGUAUAUGUGCAGAUGUAGCAGUUUCCAAGCAUGAGCACUGGUCAUCUUUAGCACCACUUCCCUUUGAGGUUGUCAUCUCUGCUGGACAGAAAGCCAGAGAGGAAUCUUGGGAUGCAGGUGGAGAUGAUUCUGAUCGAAGCAAGAUUGCUCGUGAUCUGAAUGAUUUAACUGGGGAAGGAAAUAUUGAGAGCAUGCUUUCAGUUGAGAUGGCAUUAAGGGAAUUAGCUUCCUUGAAGAUUGAAGAUGCUGUUUUACUUGCACUAGCCCAGGGUCGACGUUCGUCAUUAUUUCAGCAAUCCUUCUCAGUGGGUAAAUUUUCUGGUGAUCCAAAACACUUGGAGGCAUCUGAAAAUUUGAGUCAAGAGGAGUCUGAAGAUGUUCUUUUUAAGGAGGCUUGGCUUACGUAUUAUUGGAGAAGAGCAAAAGCGCACGGUGUCGAGGAAGAUAUUGCAGAAGACAGACUUCAGUUAUGGAUAAGCCGCAGCAAGCAUUCUCCAACAAUACACGAUGCUGUAGACGUGGAGCGUGGCGUAACAGAGCUGAGGAAAUUGGGAAUCGAACAGCAGCUGUGGGAGGCAUCACGUAAAGAAAUCGGGCAGCCAACUUGGACAAUUGCCAACGGCAAGCAUGCCCCUCCAGAACCAGAAUCCCAGUGAGCUGGUACAUUUCCCUUGGCUAUUAUUCAUUUUUGUUUCAAAAUACUAUUAUUAUCAUCACAAAAAUUUCCAUUACUGGGUAGUUUUGUAGAUUUCAAAAAUGUAAAGUUGUUUGUAUCAAUCGAGUCAUUUCAUCAUUAUCACUACCUCGUAGAUGGGAUUUUGCAAGUAAAGGUUGAGAGAGUUUGGUUUGUGUGUGAGCUGUUUGUUGAGAAUUCGUUAAUCGUCGGGUAAUAAUUAAUUGUUGAAUUUGUGUAA